AUGGAGCGCGGCCCGCGGCCGGCGCGGCCCAUUCUGUCGCGGGAGCCGUCGCGCCGGCAGCAGCGCAGCCGCAAGGUGCCCGAGCCGCUGCGGCGCGCGAUCGCGGAGUGCACGCAGCCGCAUGCGGCGCCGCUGGAAACGGCGGCUUGCCACCCUGUUCGCACGCUAGAGGUGAGGAGCACGGGCGAAGGAGGUGGGCGGGGAGGUGGGGAGGAGGGGAGGGGGACGGGCCCGAGAGCACAUGGCCCGCUCGGCGCGCUGCGCCCAUGUGGAGCGGGCCAUGGCGCGCGGAAUGCCGCGCGGCUGUGCGCGGAGAGCUGCAGGCGAGUGAGGGUGCGCGGAGAGGCGGGGGAAGAGGGUGAGGCCGCGGGUGAGUCUCCGCGGCAACAGGAGGUUGCCGCAUCGACGGGCGGCGAACGUGCUUGGCGCAUGGCGGAGGCUGCGCGACGGGGUGGGUUUCCGCGAGCUGGCGGGAAGGCGCAAUCCGCGUCUCCUCAUGCACCUCUUUGCCCCCGCGCCAUCCCCACCAACUCCGCCACCAUGCAUGUCCAUGCAAUCCCUUCCCCUCUCAACCCACCCUCCCUCCCUCCCUCCCUCCCUCCCUCCCUCUUUCCCUCCGUUUGCUGCCGUCACUUAACUCCUUCGCACCCUCUCGUCCUCCCAUUCCCCUUACUAUCCAUCCCCUUGUCUACUCCUCCCUCGCUUCAUUUCCCUUUCCACCGCCCCCUUCCCGCUUCGCCCCCCCCCCUCCUCUUUUUGCCCGCUUUUCGCAAUACCCCCGCCGUUCUCCCUUCCCCCCCUCCCCUCCUCUUCCCCCGCAUCACCCGCAUUGCUUCUCUCCCUCCCUUCCCCACAGACUACCUGGGCGAUGCGGCAACGGUGGACAUGGCGUACAAUGCACUGCUGGACCAUGCCAUGGUCGAGAAGGGGCGCAGUCCCCAUGUGAUCAUGAAGGUCGUGGCUCUGCUCAAGAAGUAUCUCUUCCGGUACCACUCUCCUCUCCUCACCCACCCUUCCUCAUCGUCUCGCCUUCUCCUAUUCUCGCCUUCUCGUUAUCAUCAUCUCAUACUCUCCUUUUCCUCGCUCGCGUGCACGCGGCCAACAGCUACAUGCUCUUUUCGUCCGCGCAUCUGUGUGUCUUCCCCUACCCUGCUUCCUCCCUCCUUUCUCCCCAACCUUACAAACCCCAGCCUCCGUUUCUCCCAUCUUUACUUCCUGCUAACCACCCUUCCCCACCCACCACUCCCCCAUAUGCCCCUCGCUGCCUCACCCCCCUCAUGCCCUCCCUUGCCCGACCUCAUGCCCCCUCCCUCCACUCUGCAGCUACGGCCCGGCGAUUUCAAGACAAUAUCAACGUUGGAGCACAUAGACGGCUUCUGUGCGGACGUGAUAGCGGAGCUCAAGGCAGCGCAGGCCGCCCGCCACCGCCUCGGCAACGCCGCCGCCGCUGCCGCCGGCGCCGACGGCCCCACCGCCGAGUCCGGCCCCGCGCUCAUCAAGUCGCUCCUCUACGUCCGCGCCGUAGUCGCCCGGAACCUUCCCGCGCACCUCAUGCGGUCGGCGCGUGCGGCCGACGGGGGGAUGACAACAGGAGGAGCCGGGGGAGGGGGGCUGGGGGUGGGGGGAGCGGCGGGGGUGGGAGGGGGGGCGAGGACCCCGUCGCGAGUGGCGCCGCUGGCGGUGGAUGGGGGGGGCGCGGUGGGCGUGGGAGGGGGCGCGAGCGCGGCGCUGAAACGGGCGAGUGCGGCGGAUAGGGAGGCGGCGCAGGCGACGGCGAUGGCGAUGGCGAGGUUGAUUCCGGGGCAGGAGGGGGGUGUGGCGGCGGGGCAGUACGCGCCCAUGGACAUGCUGAGGGUGCGGUGGAUCAGCCGCAGUAGGGGAUGGGCUCCCUCUGCGAUUGCCAGCUAUGUGUGCGUGAGAGGGGGGCAGGGGGCGGGGAGCAGGGAGGAGAUGGGGAGGAGCGAGGGGAGGAGAGAGGGGCGGAGAGGUGAGGGGUGGAUGGGGGAGAAGAGUGGUUGUGUGGGUGGGGGGAGGAAUGGGUGGAGGGGGGGCGAGUACCUACCCCACCUGGAGCCCCUCCGCACAGUAGCAGACGGGAGCGCUGCCGCAGUGCUGCUGGGGGUGCACGUGGUGCAGCUGGAGGCGGAGGGCAGCCCCGACCUGCUGCACUUCGACACCGUCACCGGCACCGUGGACCCCGUGCUCGUGCGCAACCACAUCCGCCAUAUCACCAUCACCAAGCGCCUCAAGGCCGACCCUACGGGUGCGGCAGGAGACGGGCUGCAGAGCUCCAUGAAGCGCCGUCGCCCGCUUUUCCAAUACCGCUACUACAGCGAGCAGCAGCCGCUGAGGCUGAGCGAGGGAGAGAUGGAGGAGGUGAUGGCGGCCGUGUGCUCCGUGGCGGCCACCGCAGCAGCAGGGGGCGCGGGGGGUGCGGGCGCACACGGGUCCGCGCGCCUCUCGUCCCCCGCGCACCACAUGGUGCCGCAGGUGGACCCUGCUGACGUGGCGGCGUCCGUGCUCAUCAAAAUGCUCAUUGACAUGUACCUUGUGGACCCUCGCUCUGCAGCGCCCCUCGCGCUCUCCAUGAUGCAUACACUCCUUUCCUCCAACAAACCGACCGUGCGCGUGCGGGCAUUCGACCUGAUGCUGAAUCUGGGAGUGCACGCGCACCUGCUGCACCCGCUGCCAGUGGAGGACGAGGCGGGGCAGCCCUACUCCUCCGACGCCGAUGCCGCCGAGGCCGAGCGCGGGGCCGUGCGCAGGGCGGCAGCCGUGACCAUGUUUGAGGAGUGGCUGCUGGGGCUGCUCUGUGACAUGGCUCUCUACCUCGUGCAGGUGGAGGAGAGCGAUGAGAGUGUGUGGGCAGCGGCGCUCAGCUGUCUGCUCUACCUCACGUGCGACCGCGGCAGGACAGUUUUCCACCGCCUCGCGCUGCUGGAUGUCCGGGUCCUAGCGUCGCUAUUGGAGAUCAGCAUAGUGCACGGGUGGGCGCAGGCAGUGCACACGCACCUAGUGCGCAUGCUCGCCUGCCUGCUCUACGCAGCACCGCACCACACCGCGCAGCACCCACCAGGGCGCGCGUUUGAGGCAGCGAGGGACGGGCUGCGGCUGGACGUGAAGCAGCUGGAGCGCGUGGGGGGCAUCUCCUUCAUCUGCUGCCACUACGCAGCAUCACAGGAGGUGGAGGCGAGACGCAACUUGUUUGCAGUGGUGAUGGACUAUGUGGCACUGCUGUGCCGCCUGCACCCGCACCCACACCACCCCGACCACCCUCCGCCCUCCGAGGCGGAGCUAGCAGCGGUGGUGGCGGCGCUGGUGGCAGCGGGGGCGCCAGAGGCGCUGGUGGUGGCGCUCAAGGCGCCCUCGCCCCCGGCAGGCCCCAUCGGCGCUGCUCUCGCGCGCACCAUCGCUGCUCCCCUCCCCCCGGACACCUCCGCUGCCGGCUUUUCCCUGCAGGCCCUGCACCUAGUGACAGACACAUUGGACGAUCUGAUCUCAGCGCACCUGCGCCUGCCCCCCGAGUUCACUGCCAUGCUGCAAUGCACCCUCGCCAGCGACGGCCCUCCUCCCGACCCUGCCCCUUCCUCCACCGCGGGGGCCAACGGUGGCGUUGGUGGUGGUGCGGACGAGGCGGAGGUGGGGAAAGAGCGGCGCGCGUGGGGCACGCUGCGGGCGCUGCUGCACUCGCAGCGGGCCGUGGACCGGCGCAACGGCCUCACAUGGCUGCUGCACCUGCUGCUGCAGCAACUGCCCAACCUCGCUCCCUACCAGCAGCCCCUGCUCGCGGACCCACAGGACGGCCAGCAGCAGCAGCAGAGGGGGCGGGCCGGGCAGCUUAUGGUUUUAUACCGGCAAUUGGCCCAGCUGGAGCAAGGGGAGGCGGGGGAGGAGGGGGGAGGCGGGGGCGGCAUGGGAAUGGGCAUGGGGGGAGGGGCAGGCGGUGGGGGGGGAGGAGGGGGAGGGCGGAGGGCAGGCGUGUCAGGUGCGGUGCAGCUGAUGCUAGAACUAGUACGAUCAGACAACACGGCAGUGAGGCGGGGGUUCGUGACAGUGCUAGAGCAGCUGCUGCUGCUGCACGCUGCGGAAACCGAGCAGGAGUCGAGAGAAAGCCGCGGUGCGGCACACGCCGCUGCAGCUGCAGCAGCAGAAGCUCCCGAGGGGCCCAUGGGGAUGGAGGAGCGUCGGGCAGCGGACGAAGCCGCGGCAGCAGCAUCAGCAGUGCAGCACCAAGGCGCACAGGACUUACUAGCCGUAAUGAGCAGUGCACUGUGGCAAGUAAUGUCCUGUAACGACAGCGACCGUGUGAACAUCCUCCAGAUGUGCUCCGUCAUGCUCUGGCAGCUCUGCGUACCCCGCUUCCUCCCCACCGCGCAAGUCGUUGAACCGGGCAGCCCGGUCCCCAGCCCUGGAGGUAGCAGCUGGCUGGUGAACCCGCGCGUGGCAGCAGUAGCGGGAGGGGAAGGCGGCGGUGCAAUGAGCCCGCCGUAUGCGGCCGAAGAGAGUGAGUCCAUGGCUCGGCUCUUCCUGCUGCGCAGGGCAGCAGCGGCGAGGGAGCUCUUAGCAGCGCUUCCGACGGCGCUGCUGUACUGGCCGCUCAUGCAGCUGGCGCCGAGUGCCGGGGACCCCAUAGCACUGGCGACGGCGGUGGGGAGUCACGGGAUUGUGGGUGCGGGAGGGGCGGUGGACGUGCGGGUGGCGCUGCUGCUGCUGCUCAUUGGCAAGUGCAGUGAUAGCAGUGAGGCGCUGGAGGAGGUUGGAGGGGAUGCCUUCUUCCGGUCGCUGCUCGAUGAUCCCGAUGCCCGCAUUGCCUAUUGGAGCGCUGCCUUCCUUGUCAAGCGCAUGAUGUCUCAGCAACCUGAUGUGUACCGGCGUGCGCUGCACCGCCUUAUUUUCACAGCGCAGCAGACGAACAACGAGAAGCUGCUGGAGAAUCCAUACCUGCAGAUGAGAGGCAUCUUACAGGACACGCCAGAUGCAUUGCACCUCACUUCCUGA